GUAUGUAUUAUUUUCUUAGUUUGUUUGUUUUUUUUCUUGGGCAUUUUUGCCUUUAUUAGAUAGUGAACAGUGGAGAGAUGUGGCUCAGAAGGAGCAUUGUCAAGAAAGAAGAAGAAAAUAUCCCAGAUGAUGUUGGGCUUCCCAGCUAUACAUUUAUAGUUUAAAAGAUGCAUUAUGGGAAAUGUAGGAUCCAGAAGUCCCCCAAUGUUUGGAAGUGCAGUUCUAAAUUGCUGCAGUGCCCCAUUAAAAUAUACAUAUUGGUGCAUUAGUAAUAUUAAUCCAAUAAUAUAAUUUAGCUCUAAAAGGAGCAUGUUGAGUCAUGACUUUUGGUUUCAACGAAGUAUUUCAACUUUGAGGUGCUGGUACUUCACUGUCAAAUAUUCCGUUCAAGAGAAAAGGAGUAAAACAUCCAGCCGAGACCUUAGUGAUGUAACCUGGCAAGGGUCAGUCACUGGUUUGAAAUCACUGCUUGAGGAGUUUCGGAGACGCUUCGCUCUUUUCUUGACGCUCAUCCUUCGCAGCCACCAUGGUUCACAGCGGCAGCAGUAUCUGCAGAUUCCUCAUCCUGGUGUUCCUAGGCCUCUUGGUAGCAUUUGUACACACAGAGACAGUCGCAGACCCUGCUUCGACAGCCAGGGACAACCAGGACACCAUGUCUGGAGAGCCACCCAAUGACGUCACCACCAAAGACCCUUUCCAGGAUAUGACAGAGCAGUCCUUCACUUACGACUAUGAGGACACCACACAUUCCCAGGCCAUGGACGAGGAAGAAGGGGUCCUGGGGCCAGGGGCCAUCACAGCCAUCGUUAUAGCAGUCUUCCUGGGAGCAUCUGUCCUCCUCGCCCUCAUUGUUAUCACACUCAGGAAGUUCACCGCCUCCUAGAGUGAAAACAUCCCUGUCUUGUAUGUGUCCUGAAUGUGUUUGCGCAGCAUGAGUGUGUGGCUGUGAGUUAGUGUGUCUGUCUUUCGCUUUUCUCUCAACUCCUAUAACUCACUCGUCGUCUUCCAUACAAAGACUACUCGGAGUGUUUCUUUUGCUUUGCUGUAGAUGCUGGAAAAUGUGGCAGGUCCCUUGACUGAGAAACGAUACGCUGCUCUGCACGAUAUUUACAAGACACUCACACAUGUCCACUUAUUACUGAAGGUGUAAUGUUAGAAACUGGCUGGCUCUUCCAGUGUCAUUUUUAAUUUUGUUCCGCUUUUUACUUUGACCUUUUCAAGAUCUUACGCAUGUGUUCAAAAGUGUUUUUCAUGUUUGUGGGCUGUUUGUUUCCUUGUAGUUUGAUUUUCUUGUCUUGAGAGUUUGUUGUGAAGUAUCCUGCAUGUGUUUGCUUUUAUUUCUACAUGAAGCGUGUAUGCUUGAGAGAGUGUAUCUCUUUGUGAAAGUGUUGCCCUUCAUAUCCAUUGUGUUAGUUUGUUUUCUCACAUUUUUACAUCCAACAUGAAAAGAUAUUUUAGUUUCAUCUGCCUACGCAUUUAUUUCUACGAGUCUUUCCCAAUGAUUUUACAUUGUGCCAAAAUUGCAAAAAUAUUCCCCUGGUGUUACCCGUGUACAAGCUUUAAAGUUUGUAUUGCACCAUUUACAAACAUUUGUAGAGUCAAAAUAAGAGGAAAACAUUUUUAAAAAGCCUCAAUAAAUGUAAAAAGGGUACUUGGUUUAUUUGUUUUACCGGCAGAGCAAAUAUAAAAUGAGAACAUGGAUGAAUGUGUGUUUGCACUCAAGUGAGUGUUUGUAGUUUUUGUUUAAUUUGCAGCUGGAAAAGGUUACAAGGGUGGUGGCGAUGGGGGGACUUGGUAAAAUUAUUUUGUCUUUUUUUAUAUGCCUCAGAGUCCGCAAUACUCAGUCAUACAGCUGGAAGUUGCCAUGGUAAUGUCACUGCCCAAUUAUUUUGUUUGAGAACAGUUAAAAAUAAAUGAGUU